AUGGCACUCAUCCACGUAGCUAAUUCGCCCAAUUUGGAUGUAGUCGUGACUGUCAACUCUGGAACCAAUGAACCAGAGACAAAUGUCGUUCAGCUUCUCUUUGAUGUUAAUAACAAUUUGGAACAAAAGUGCAGUCAAGAAUUGCUCGAAGAAAACGAAUCUCAAUGUGUCGAGAGCAACAAAUCUAUACUAUUAGAUCAGUUCGUCUCACGUAGAGGAAGUGUAAUGCUAAAUAUCGCAACAAUUGAUAAAUCAACGGAAAUCCACUCUUUGAGCGGAACAACUCUUUAUAUUGCUACAUGUAACGUCGAUUUAUCAGAUUUUCUUGAAAACUGGUAUCUUGCUACUAAUCUGCGGUUCCCAUUAUUACCCUUUAUUGAAACUGGUUGUUGGAUUGCUUAUGUAUCAAAUUACAAUGUAUUGCAACAUUUUGUCCAUGCGAACUUUUGCCUUUACAACCAUUUGCCCGUGCGACAUUUUAUUGCGACAUUCUGUCCUAGCACCGUCUCCUACGCUGACUCUUGUUCUCGUAAAGCCGUAUCAGUAACCGGUAAUCAUUCUAUCAAACUCGAUCUAUAUAAGACAGCUUUUGGCCUAUUUAAAACGUAUGUCUUUCAAGACCUGAUUGAUAAACGCUACAUUCUAGCUUUGACCUAUGGAGAAAUUGCUAAACAAGAGCCACUUUAUAUACGUCUUCACUCAUCUUGUGUGACAAGCGAAACGUUACGUGGAUGUGAUUGCGACUGUGCACAGCAGCUGGAGAGUGCCUUAAAGAUCAUCGCAGAAAAACAGCGUGGCAUCGUAUUUUAUCUUUUACAAGAAGGACGCGGAGUUGGUUAUGUCAGUAAGGCACGUGAUCGUAUGCUUGUACAAGCAUCUCGCGAUCAAAUAUCAACAUUCCAGGCUUAUCAUGCAAUGGGUUUGAAGAAUGAUCAUCGACAAUAUGAAAACAUUCCACAAAUCUGUCAUUUAUUAGAUAUUGAUGGUGCUCAAUUUAUUCUUCUCACAAAUAAUCCUGAUAAAAUUCAAGCACUUACAAAGAGUGGCCUGUGUAUAUUGCGUACUGAAGCACUGCAAUUUGAACCAUCUCCAUACAAUGUCGCUUAUUUAAUAUCGAAACAAGAUAAUGGUCAUACACUACGUUAUCCUAACCAUACCAUUCAUCAGAGAAAGACAGCGCCACAUCCUGUACAACCUUUCAAACCCUUUGCAGUGCCCAACGCUCAGCGCUUCGUGUAUUGCGCAUCGUAUUACUUACCAAUGAAACCAAUUGACAAUGAAAUCGUUCUUACUGAAAUACAGUUUCACGAAAUAUUCCAUAAUCAUUCGAUCGAAUAUUACUCAAAUUUACCCAAUCCAUGUGUGAUCAAUCAUCAACUCCUACGCAAAAACAGACACAUGAUAAAAAUCGAUGUCAAUAACCUAAAAAUGUAUGGCGAGCGACAUGAAAAUGAUCCGCUGAUCGAACUAUUAACAACUCCAUAUUGGUUUAAGAAACUUACGAUUCUCAAUCUCUCCCAAAACUUAAUAACGGAUCACGGAGCUCAGGCAUUAGCUAAAGGUCUAAGAUUAAAUACAGUACUGAAUACUCUCGAUCUCUCCGGAAACUCUAUAACAGAUAGCGGAGCUCAAGCAUUGAGCGAAGCUCUAGAAACGAACACGACACUCACUAAACUCGAUCUCUCCGGCAACUUGAUUGUUGAUGAAGGGAUUCAAGCACUGAAAGACACUUUGCGAAGAAACACGAAACUUACUAUACUCUAUGAAUUGAAUUACCAAAGAUCGGAUCCUGAAGGGAUACAGGCAUUGAACACAGCAUUCUACAACAAACUAUUUUCGUAA